GAAACCAAGAUGGAUUACAGCUCGUUCAGCGGAGUCCCACGGUUCUUGACCCGGCCUAAGGCGUUCAUGGUGUCUGUGGGGAAGGAUGCCACCUUGAGCUGCCAGAUCAUUGGAAACCCCAUCCCAGUUGUAAGCUGGGAAAAAGAUAAACUUCCAGUUCAGUCUGGGGGAAGGUUUAAAACCACAGAAGAUGGGGAUCUCUAUAGACUAACAAUCUACGAUCUGAGCCUGGAGGACAGUGGCCAAUACAUCUGCCGGGCCAAGAACACCAUCGGGGAAGCCUUUGCAGCUGUCAGCAUCAAAGUUGGAGAGGAGACCACAGUAACGGAGUCAGCCCCGUACUUCAUCCAGAAACCCUCCUCCAUUAAAGUAACUUUGGGGGAAGAUGCCAUGUUCAAAUGCAAAGUUCAGGGCAGCCCUCCCCUCUCGGUGAACUGGGAGAAGGAUGGGAGACACCUGCGGAACCGGGCUGAUGCCGGCCGCUUCCAGAUUGAGUCUGCCGGGGAGUCAAACGCUCUCACUAUCCAGUGUGCCAGGCUGGGGGACAGUGGCACCUACACCUGCCGGGCAGAGAAUCCCAUUGGCUCUGCCAGCGCUUCGGCCGCGCUGGUGGUGGAAACGCAGGGCUCUUCCAACCCGGGCAGCAGCAGCCACUUUGAUACCAGCUGCGGCAAGACGCAGAAGGGUUGUAGCCUCUCUCGGGAUUAUGAGAGAGCGGCUGGACUUACCACCAAAGGGGCUCGCAACGCAACUUUUGGGACGCUGACACGCACGUGCAGCGUGACGGAGGGAAAGCACGCCAAGCUGAGCUGCUACGUGACGGGCGAGCCCAAGCCGGAGAUUGUGUGGAAGAAGGACAACGAGGUCAUUUUGGAAGGGCGGCGGCAUGUCAUCUAUGAGGACGAUCAGGAGAACUUUGUGCUGAAGAUCCUCUUCUGCAAGCAGGUAGACAACGGGCUGUACACCUGCACGGCCUCCAACCUGGCAGGCCAGACGUACAGCUCUGUGCUCGUCACCGUCAAAGAACCUUCAAUACCUUUCAAGGAAAAACUGAAGGAUCUUGAAGUGAGGGAGAAGGAAUCUGCCACCUUCCAAUGCGAAGUGCCCGUUCCUAGUACGGAGACAGCUUGGUUCAAGGAGGAAACCAAACUCAGGCAGAGCAAGAAAUACAACAUCGAAGAGGAGGGCACGUAUCGCCGUCUCACUGUCCAGAACGUCACUACAGAUGAUGAUGCUGUCUACAUCUGUGAGAUGAAAGAAGGGAGCAGGACCAUCGCAGAGUUAUCUGUCCAAGGGAACAUCAUUAAAAAACUUCCACGAAAGACUGCAGUCUUCAUAAAUGACACAGCCAUCUUCUGCGUGGAGCUGGAAAAUGAAUGCCAGAAUGUCCGAUGGCUGAAAAAUAAAGAAGAAGUGAAACCCAGUGAUCGAAUCUCCAUCACAUGCUCCGGCAAGCAGCACACCAUGAUCAUCCGAGAGUGUAAGAUGGAAGAUGCUGGCGAGAUUGCCUUCCUGGCUGAUGAAAGCAGAAGUUCUACCCAGUUCACUGUGACCACUCCCAAAAAACCUCCCACACAACCCCCAGCUGACCCUGUGGUGAAAAAUAAAACAGAAACCUCAGUGACGCUAGCAUGGUCCCCUCCGAAGACGGACCGCCCCAUUCCAAUCGAUGGCUACGUUGUGGAACGCAAGAAACUAACUGGCUUCACCUGGGUGAGGUGCCAUGAGUCUCAUGUCCCUGUCCCAGAGUUCACCGUGAGCAACCUGUCCGAAGAGGCUGACUACCAGUUCCGAGUGUCUGCAGUCAACACCUACGGACAAAGCCCCUACUUGGAAUUCCCAGGGAGCACGCACCUCG